AUGGGUGAGAAGCUACAUCUCUCUAUAGAUGUGACAUUCAGCACCCUAAUAUGUAUCUUUACUUGGAAAGCAAAAACGAAUCACCUCAGCUUCUUCUUUGCAGCUUGUGGGUUUCUAGAGGUAUACCACUUGGGGGCAGCAUAUGCUCUUUCCAAACAUGGCAAGAAAUUACUGGAGGUUGUGACGGCCUUUGCAGGAGCUUCUUCAGGAUCUGUGACUGCUACUGUUCUUUUAACAGUGCCCGAAAAUAUAGAGGAGUGUACCAAAAAUACCUAUGAAUUUGCAGAAGAUCCUAGAAAACUACACUUUGGACCACUAACACCAAGCUAUGACAUUCUAUUUUUCUGUAGGGGCUGCAUUGAUUCAAUUCUUCCUCCUAAUGCUCAUGAGAUAGCAGAAAAUCGGCUCUUUGUAUCAGUCACUAGUGCUAAAAAUGAAAAAAAUCAUUUGCUUUCAAAUUCUGCCUCCAGGGAGGAUCUUGUUAAGAACCAGGAUCCUGGGGCUCCACUUGAGCAGGAGAGUAGUACUGACCUGGUCACAGUUCGGAAGACGGGAGUUGGACAGACUCGGGAGGCGAACAACAAAAAGAGACAGAACAGGAGGAGAGAGCUAAAUCUCCCUCACUGGAACGUAUACAGCCUCUUAGUCCCAGGGCUAGAAGAUUGGAUAAGAGAACUUCGCAAGACUCCACCAGGCUCUUUUCCCACCAAGCCUGGAGAAGAUGGUAUCGCUAACCAGGAAGGAUAUGAUGAUGCCAUACAUUUUUCUACUAAAGGAAAAUUGGUUUGA